CUGGGCCGGUGGCGUCGGCGGAGGCCGGAGGAGUUGCAGGUUCCGGGGGACGCGGAACCCAAAGAAGUCCGUGGUGUUGAAGCGGGCAGCAUUCUCGUCUUCCGCCUCCCUCUGCGGAUUGCUGGCUCCUCUCCACCUCGGGGAUGCCGCGGUUCUGCCCCAGAGCAUGGGCCAGCUGCCUGCACACCCAGCGUCGGACUUUCUUCUGUCUGCUUCUCCUGGACCUACAGGCUCCAAGAGACAGGAUCUCGCCCGAGUCAAUGCGGGCAGCGCGUUUUCAAAUGUUUCGCCCAAAGCGGGUGUGCCGGAGCUUCGAAGCAGCUGCGCCGGAGCGGGGCUGUCCCCAGGUGAAGGCCAGCGCCCUGGUGUCCUGGGGCAGCCGGGAGCUGGAGGCGCAGCCUGGAGGCCGCCCCCCUGCGCCAAGGCCGGCCAGCGGCCAGGGGCCACCACGUGUGGGGGUCCCUCCGCCCGGUGGAAGGAGCCCCGCCCAGCCCUGCCUGAGAUGUAUUGCAGGAGAGUCUGGCCACUUUAACCAUACCGAGACGCAUUAGAAGAUGGGAGAUGGAAGAGGAACAUUCCGACUUUGAACCUCCGUGUGAUGGCGAACGUAAGCCUUUACGGAUGGGUGUGGGUGCACACCUUUCCACCGGAUCAUCCACGUUGCCAUCAUCCAGGUAACCCACCACCCUCCGCGACCCCGCCAGGAGGACCCUGUCACUUCCCGAGAGACUGCGGACCGCUAGCGCCUUCUGAGCCGUCUUCCCAUGCAGCCCGGUGGAAAGGAGGUCCAUUGUGUCGUUGAAAAGUUCUGAAAAUUUCAGUCAUGGAAUUUCCUGUGAGGUUGGAGAACCCUGUGGCUUCUGGAACCAUAUCCAGAUGUGGCCUCCCUUUUGUACUUCCCCGUGGCUUUGUGGGUGUGUCCAGGGCUGCUUGUGCAUUCUUUUUAAUGAAGACUUAUUUUUAUACUUAAAUGUCCCAUCAUCUUAAAGUGAAUCUUACCACGUGCUGGUGUCCCAGCCGCUCUGGGUGACUGUGCCCCUGAAGUCAUCAGGCACAGGGCCCCUUGACAUUAAAUGGCAGUUUCUCGUU